GUACUACCUGGACAAUAUAAAACCAGGCCGCCAGAAACACGACAGCUCUACGAAGUCAAACGGGUUUGCUCUGGGAACGCGAUCCGACACAUCCCGUAGCUAAAGAUGCAGAAAACUACAAUGACACAGCAGGGAAUGGGCUUUGCUCCUUUCUGGAAGGUGACAGUGUGGGAGCAGGAGUAUUUCCAGGGCAAAUGUCAGGAGUUCACAGCUGAGUGCUGCAACAUCCAGGACUGUGGAUUCGACAACAUCCGCUCCAUCCGUGUGGAGAGUGGAGCGUGGGUGGGAUUUGAGCACCACGAUUUCCAGGGGCAGCAGUUUGUCUUGGAAAGAGGAGAGUACCCCCGCUGGGACGGCUGGAGUGGCAGCCUAUCCUACCAUGUGGAGAGACUGAUGUCUUUUCGACCAAUCUACUGCGCUUCUCACCACAGCAGUCGCAUGAUGAUCUUCGAGAAGGAGAACUUCAUGGGCCGCAGUGUGGAGCUGUGCGAUGACUACCCCUCCCUGCAGGCCAUGGGCUGGUGCAACAAUGAAGUAGGAUCCAUGCAUGUGCAGUGCGGCGCCUGGGUGUGUUACCAGUACCCAGGAUACAGGGGCUACCAGUACAUCAUGGAGUGUGAGCGACACAGCGGGGACUACCAGCACUGGAAGAACUGGGGCUCCCACUCCCAGACCCCCCAGAUCCAGUCCAUCCGCCGGAUCCAGCACUGAGCUCCAUCCCACUGCUGACACCAGACACACACACACUGCAGCACUCACUUCUGUAUUACCACACCGACACACUGAUACACAUUCACACAACCCUUCGCACACACCUGCCUCUGGCUUUUAUUAGAAUUGAAGAUGGCGAAGCGUGCACGUACGCGCACACACACACUGGCAGUUCAAAACCAACGUGGAAACAUGUAUGCGUGUUCUGUGGCCAACACUACAUAGCGUGCACAGGGCUGGAGACCGGUGGGCUGUGUGAGCUGAUGCUCAGGGAGUGACCGUAACCACCAAAUCUGGCACCUGACUAGUGCAUUGUGGGCUGCCGCUGCAAUGAUGUCAUCAGGACGUACAGUGUGCCACGUGUCUAGGAGUUUGAACCGACAAUAAUAAAGCUCCAUUCAAUGAA